UAUUGUUCCACUUUGUGCCCAGUCCAGUCUUCUUCUACCUCUAGUAUCACUGGAGCUUAACUGCUGUCAGGAGUCUGGACCUAAAAAUGUUUGUGAAUGUCUUGUUUGGAGAGGGCAGGAUGGAAAUGUUCAAUCUCAACUGUAAGCUGAUAAACUUCCUCAAUCAUUUGAAAGAGAGGGCUGGUGUGGACUCCAAAGAUUGUGUGGACCUGAUGGACAGCAGUGGUAAAGUGAUGAACCUGGCAGCCAAGCAGCACAAUUUGGCUCUGGCCAGCAGUGUGCUGGUAGCCAGACACUACUACGUCCUCCUGCGAGUCUGCCGAGACCAUGAGGCUGGAGGUCAGAAAUAUGUCUCCCUUCAGAACAACAACAGUCAAAGUCAUCCUGAAUUAACAGAACUGCUGAAGAGGCUGACUGACAAAGAGCCAGACAGAAAGACUAGAAAGAGACGGAUGCCUCAGACCAAAAACAUUCCUGCAAACAGCAAGAGCCACUAAAUUUAACACUGUCAAUUUAUAUGUAUAAAUCUGAAUACUUUGCUAUAUUUCUAUUUUAACUGAGCUAAAGUGGAUGAUUUCUUUUUAGUUAAUAAUAGUCAAUAUUGAAGAAGUUCAAUAGAAUAAGUUACAUUUUGAGAUUUUAUAUUUCUGCAUUAAAUUGUUACUGUAACCAGAAUGUCACAGAGAGGUAAAUUAGAAGUAUGAGCUGCUGUGUAUCUU